CAUAUUUUAUUGUAGUUGUCAUUCUCGCAACUAGGGUUCUUUUGCCUUUCACAGACUUUCGACGGCGACGGAGUAGCGGCAGCCAUGGUUCUCAAGACGGAACUCUGUCGUUUCAGUGGGGCCAAAAUUUACCCUGGGAGGGGCAUCAGAUUUAUCCGUUCUGAUUCUCAGGUGUUUUUGUUUGCCAACUCGAAAUGCAAGAGGUACUUCCACAACAGGCUGAAGCCAUCAAAGCUUACAUGGACAGCAAUGUACAGGAAACAACAUAAGAAGGACAUUGCCCAAGAAGCUGUGAAGAAGAGGAGACGUGCAACCAAGAAACCAUACUCAAGGUCCAUCGUUGGUGCCACACUAGAGGUUAUCCAGAAAAAGAGAACUGAGAAGCCUGAAGUUCGUGAUGCGGCUAGAGAAGCUGCUUUACGUGAAAUCAAGGAAAGGAUCAAGAAGACGAAGGACGAGAAGAAGGCAAAGAAGGCAGAAAUCUCGGCCAAGCAGCAGAAACAAGGCAAAGGUAACAUUUCCAAGGGUCCUUCCGCAAAGGGUCCGAAGCUCGGUGGAGGCGGUGGAAAGCGCUGAGCUGAGCGGCUGCUUCCAAGCUAUAUCCAGUCCCCUCUCCUCUCUCUAGUUGGUUCGGUUUUAUAACUUGUAUUUGUUUUCGACAUUCACAAUCUCAAUGUUUUUUUAAAAUCUAGCACUGAUGCUCUUGAUGAGGGAGUA